GCAACACAUAUCCCAAUGGCGUUAAUUUGUCCAUCCCUUCCCUUCAAAUUCACACCAAUUAUUUCCACCUUAUUCCUUCUAUUCAUAAUGCCAAAACCAAUAGCCAUAGCCGCUUGCCCCUACACAUCCAUCUUUGCAUUUGGGGACUCUCUUACAGAUGUGGGAAAUAGGGUUCUUCUCUACCCUAACCACUCUCACAUGGGCGAACCUCCUUAUGGAGAAACCUUCUUUCACCAUCCCACUGGUCGCUGCUCCGAUGGUCGUCUCAUCAUAGAUUUUAUAGCGGAGUACUAUGGACUGCCAUUUAUGCCUCCAUCGGCUAGUGUUAUGAUGAACGGCGGCGGAAACGGGUCAAGUAUUGACGGAGGUGUGAAUUUCGCGGUUGCCGGAGCUGCGGCAGUCGACUCGGCGUUCUAUGAAGAAAGAGGAAUAGUUAAUGUGGAUACAAAUUGCUCCCUCAGAGUUCAAAUGAGAUGGCUCAAUCAACUCUUGCCAAUUUUCUGUGCCUCACCUUCAGAAUGUAAAGAAAAGCUUAAAAGCUCACUAUUUGUGUUGGGACCUUUCGGGAGCAACGAUUAUCGUCGUGCACUAGGCUAUGGAAAAGACAUAGAAGAGAUAAGAUCAUAUGUCCCUCUUGUUAUUGAUGUCAUUACCACAGCUAUCAAUGAUUUGAUUGAACUCGGCGCAACGACAAUCAUGGUACCUGGCAUAUUACCAGAUGGUUGUAUAGGCAGUGUCCUCACAGAAUUUGAAAGUGACAACAAGGAAGAUUAUGAUCCUGAUACUGGUUGUCUUACUUGGGUAAAUGAAUUGUCUGAGUACCACAAUCAACAUCUUCAACAACGACUCAACACCAUUCAACAUCAUAAUCCUGAUGUUGUCAUAAUCUAUGCUGACUUUUACAAUGCUACUAUGGAACUUUAUCGUCAUCCUGAAAAAUAUGGAUUCAUAUCAACCCUGGUGGUUUGUUGUGGUGAAGGUGGAAAAUAUAAUCUCAAUAAAGAUGUUGGAUGUGGCGACGUACAAGUAAAGAGUUGUCCUGAACCAUGGUUUUAUAUUGAUUGGGAUGGAAAUCACAUGACAGAUAGAGCAAAUAAAAUAGUUUCCAUGGCUCUACUGGAUGGAACUUGUACGAGUCCAUCCAUCAACACUUUGUGUGAUUCAUUUAAAAAAUCCGCCUACUACAUUUAAAGAUAUACCUUUUAAAAUGAAGUGUUUACCAAUGUGUUCUAGAUUACUAAAAUUCCCUAUUGAAUGAAUGUCAAUGUUAAUUCCCAAUUAA